ACUUGGGCGAGAGAGGGUGGAAAAAAAGCGGAGGGACUUGUCCUGUUUACAACCACAUAAUGGAUCCUAAAUGGUCACAUUCCGUCUCCAAGCACGUCUUACUGACUGGAUUUACGCUAUGUGUCGUUUUAGUCACACAGCCCACGGCGGCCAUCGACAUAAGAGCCGACCCUGAAGUGAUGGUGGAGAACGGCACCACCGGAGUCCUCCGCUGCUCCUUUAAGUCCAAUCAGGUGGUCAGCAGAGACGCCACUGUGACCUGGAGCUUCCAGUCGAGUCAGCCCGACACUCAGUUCUCCAAAGCUCCUUAUACGAUUUUGUAUUUCGCCAAUGGUAAGGCGUUCCCGGGACCCGAUGAGUUUAAACACCGGGUGUUGUUUAUUGGAGACAUCAACAAGCGGGACGUGUCGAUACAGCUGAGCCCAGUCCAGUUCAGCGACAAUGGCACCUACUUCUGUGAUGUGAAGAACCCUCCGGAUGUGGAGGGAACACGGGCCAGAACAGAGCUCAGGGUCGUUCUGAAAGCAGAAUCAAAAAACAAUGCUGUUAUAAUCGGAGCAGUUAUCGGUGCUGUCGUCCUGCUCAUCCUCAUCAUCGUAGCUGCCUGCCUUGUCAUGAGGGUGCUUCACAACCGCCAUGAUUAUGAAGGAUGUACGUCCUUGGAAAGCGUGAGUUCUCAGGCUCCGCAGCCACGAAAGAAGGUGGAGUCCAGCCUGGAGGUGUCCAGGUGUAGCAGUCCCUCGGGUCCACUACAGGGCCCGGUGAUAUACGCCCAGUUGGAUCACUCAGGCAGCAAAAACUCCUUCCAUAAGAUGGAGCCAGUGGUCUACGCUGACAUUCGUAAAAACUGAAGAGAAACUGGGGACCAAAAAACGAAAAAAGAAAAUACCACAGUAAAGUAUCAGACCUCUCAAUCAGCUGCUCUUGGGAAGGGUGGGAAUAUUUCAACCAGUUCUUUCUCAAUUCUUUUCCCGUUAGUUGAUUUGUCCACAUAAAGCAUGACGCUGUUGUAUGAUAAAAAUGUCUGUAUGUGCUUUAUGGUAAAGAAACACUAUAGUGGACACUCCAUCAGUUCUCCAUCAGCCUCAAAUACAGGGAUCAUUGUCAGCAUCUGAACGCCUUCACAGACACAGUCACAACAACACUAUUUACUUUGAAUGAUCGUGGUUUUGUGCCUCUGACAGUAAAAACUGACACCUCAGCAGCUGUUGCACCGGCCGGAGCUCCGGUUAACGUUAAACUCAACUAAAACUGCAGCUAAAACUGCAGCUUCACCGACAGUUAGUGUGAGUUUAGCUUCAGUUUAAUGUCCAAGGCCUAGUUCUCAGCUGGCGUUAACCGAUGUGUCUCCACUUUGGAACAGAAAUGCAAAACCAGAGCUGCAACUACAAUUAGAAACAAGUCACCAUCUGAUAGUAAUGACAGACCAGCUGCUGAUUUUGAUCAUUUUCUUUAACAUACUUUAUUUGUUCAAAUAUUGUUUCAUUAUUUCCCUUGUUUUUCAUUUUUGUUAUUUCUGUUUUUUAUUUCACCCAUUUUUUUUUUUUUUUUUUUUAAUUUUCUCACUUGUUUCAUUCAUUUUGUCCAUUCAUCUAUUAUUUCACUCACAUUUUGUUCAUUUGUAUUGUUGAUUUUAAUUUAAUAUUUGGUUUAAAUCAAAAUCCACAAAAUAAGUGCAUUCUUUUUCAACAGUAGGAGGAGAAUAUGCCAAGAUUUGCUCAUAGAUCUGGAAACGAAAUGUGUUUUGAUCAGUGAUAGAUUGUGAAUCAAAAACAUCUUUUAUAUUUCGAUCAGUUUCUUUCAUCUGUGAAAAGAACUGGAAGUCUCAGGACCAAACUACAUGUUUAAAGGCAUCAUUCUGAUUGUUAGUUUUCACAGUUUUUGUUCAGUUUUUCAAUAAACUGAACAAGUAAUCCAUUAAUCGAGGAAAUAUUUGACAAAAUAAUCGACAGCUAAAGAAGGAAAUAAAAACAAAUGCACAAAAUGAUGCAGACUGAGUUUAUUCCUGUUGUUUUUCUUUGACCAAAUUCAAGGUUCUGUGUAUCUUCAUCAUCCCCAAGCAGUAAAUAAACAACAUCAGUCAUUUAAUAUGGCAGCUCUUCUAUUUUUGACACCAGAGACACAUGUUAACGCCAGAGAAACACGACCGAAGCGAGUCUGUCCAUACCUUCAGCUGCAUCCGUCUGUUCUGAACAAUCGAACGGCGGCGGCGACGCCUUCUUCACAGGUCGAACACAUCACAGUACUGUAACACCAGUGCACUUGACUGUUCUCAUGAACAGCGACUGUACAGCACAGCGGCGUUUCUAUGUCAAACCAGGCACUCCUUUAGGAAAUACCAUCAAUACUUCACUGCAGCUUCCUUAUCUGUGAGCGUCCCGUCUGGCCAGGAAAAGAUGCAGACUAGAUGUGUCUAAAAUCCGACCAAAGUUCAACGGUUUUUACUAUUUGUGCGAACAGCUUGUGCAACAGGCUGCUGAGUCUCUGCCCAUCUCUGCCAUAGUGAUCACCUCUUGUAAGGGUGUGUGUCGUAGUUGAAUUGUCAUUGCUGAAAGUAACUUUGCAUGCAGUUAUAACAACAUCUAAAAUGUUAUUUUGGUACUACUCAGCUAUUUGUAAAACAGAUGAAGCCGUCUAACGUCUACUGUGAAUGCUUCGGUUUUCUGUAAAGUAAUGGCAUGUUGUUGUGGUACCUUUUUAAAAA